AUGACCAGUCCACUGUUCGAAUUCAAGUUCUUCGGUCAAAUGAUAGGUGCAAUUUAUUAUUCAGUAACGUACACAGCAGUAGAUACUUUCUUAGCAAUGUUGGUCCUUCACGUUUGUGGACAACUUUCGAGAUUACAAAACGAUCUUAUCGAUUUGAAUUCAGCUACGAGAAAAGAAUUUGGGAUGAAGUUAAAUUACAUCGUGGAAAGGCACAAUUAUUUGAACAGAUUCGUCGAUACGUUAGAGGACCGGUUCAAUAUAAUGCUGCUCUUUCAAAUACUUGGUUGCACCUUGCAAUUGUGCAUGGAAUGUUUUCAUGGGCUUGUGUUAAUAAUGGAUGAUGGAGAAGAAAUGCCGUUACUAGAGAUGUUCUUCUUCGCUUUCUACAUCUUUUACGUUCUACUUCAAUUAUAUCUUUAUUGCUAUGUCGGUGAAAAACUUUGGUUCGAGAGUACCGAACUUGCUCGUGCCGCAUACGAAUGUAAAUGGUACAAUUUAUUACCGGAGGAGGCAAAAUCAUUGUUAUUGAUAAUCUAUCGAUCGCGAUCACCUUUGCGUCUAACAGCUGGCAAAUUCUGUAUAUUGAAUCACGAACUUUACAGCACCGAGCAAUAA